AUGCAGUACAGCGCAAAUCAUCUGGAAUUCCUUGAUUUUGUUCCCACCGUUUGUACGCCCUAUUUAUACAGAGAGGAUGGUGCAGUUCCCAUAAGUCGGAAGUUUCAGAGGAGUCAUACAGGUUCGAUACAACCGAGAAAGUCUCGACGUACAAGCGUCAGCUCCGAUCGAAAUCCGGUCACGUUUUGCAGGAAACAAACAUCGGAAUCGUGGCUCACGUGUUAUUCUUGA